AUGAGCAUGGGUAGUAGUGGAAGUGGAAGUGGGUUCUUGGCCAGUUCGAAUUUAAGUUCAAUAGCUGCCGAAAAGAUUGACGUGUUUUUCGGCAAGGUGAUUGAUAAGAAAUUUCAUCAUUUACAGAUCCCACCACCAACAGCAGUACACAAGCCAGUUACUAGGAGAGG